AUGGUGAUACGCCUGAUUGUGCUUCAGCGGUCUAUAUUGAACGGACGCUUAAUGCGCUUGUUUAACGAGUUGCACCUGACAUUGCAGCAGCUGCAGCAGUUGGCCAAGCAUUCAAAUUUCUUCAGACUGCCGCACUUAAUUUUGCUGCUGACUGCACUGCAAAGUCUGUUGCGUGGAAUUGCUGCUGAGCAGGCUACUCUACUAGUCCACGAGGAUCCGAUGGAAUUUGUCCCUAUUCACAGAGUGCUCUCUAUGUGCCGCACAUUUUACAAUAUUUCCACUUUUCAACUGCAGAUUACGAUAAAUGUUUGUCUAAUUAUCGUGCUGAUCGCCUGCUACGAUACACUACAGCAGUGCACCAAACGCAUAUCAAAUGAUGUGCGCACGCUGCGGAAUGCUCAGGUGCUACAAGGUGGUCAGUUGCAAGUUCUGGUGCAACAGCUGCGUGGCUUUACUGAAGAUCUCCUGACACUGCGCCUUCAUGUUUUUCACCAAGCGCGUCGGCUAAUCAGGCACUUUCGAUUCCAUUGGUUGUACGCCAUGACCUACUUCUUGUUAAUCUUCUACUGCUCGGGCAGCUAUACGUACAGAGUUUAUAAUCAGGCUAUAGUCCUGCUGAAUAUUACUUUCUACUGCACUACCUUUGGAAUAUUUUCUUGGAGGUCGCGACUAUCGCGCAGCUUUUGGAAUUUUCAUUUGAUUAACUACCAUUCUGAGUUUGAUCAAACCAAAACGCUGGUGCUGCUGCUUAAGGUCAUUCUGCAGGUCUACAAGGUCUGA